UAGACACUGUCACAGUGAUAAACAGAGGAUCCUUUCAGCAGAGAUCACAUCGGCAGCGAAGUCAAAAAUGAACAGCGCAACUACCAUGACAAUACUGAUCCUGCUUCUGUGUGCCAUUGCUGCACAGGGUAUUCCGAUCAUAGAAAUCCAAGGACGUUGUCAAUGCAUCCUAUCCACCAAGAAAUUUAUUAACCCGAAAUACAUGUGGCGUGUGAAAUAUGUUCCCAGUGGAUUCCACUGUGAGACACCGGAGAUAAUUAUCCAGCUGAAAAGUGGGAAAAAAAUCUGUGUGGAUCCCAAAGCCAAAUGGCUGAAGAUCAUCUUUAAAGCAAAGAAAGGUGCCAAACCAUGGAACUAAGAAAGUUACCAAGUGAUGGAGUGAACUCAGUUCCACAUCUGGAUCACGUCAGCUAUCACAAUAAUGCAACGAAGAAAGCUUUGGGCUGUGUGCUAUAGCUUCUGAGAGCUUGUUCUCCCAUCUCCUAUUUUGCUUUUGAUGCUUCCACGUGUCAAGGCAUGAUGCUGAUACUAAGGCAAAGCUUGCUCUAAGCAAUAUGAUUUUAAUACAAAUUAACCAAUUAAAAUGCA